GGUACCGGGAGAUGUUGUCGUCACAAGGGAAAUUAAGCAAAUAAAGAACGAGCGGUCUGACGCGACCCCCGGAGGGACGGGUACCGUGUGAGAGCGGCGCCGCUUGGAGGAUGCUCCACAAGUGACCGGCGCCUCGAAACAAACUUGUGAGAGUAUGGAUGCUGAUGACUGCAAUGGCCGGUCUUACGUAUCAGCUAGCGGAGACUCUUCAAUGGAGAGGGAUUUUUCUGGCACCCUUGGAGGUGCAACAGUGAGCACCCCUAACAGCCAGCACACAUCUCCAACUCGCUCCCUCAGUGCCAACUCCAUUAAAGUGGAGCUGUACAGUGAUGAAGAGCCAGGUCGAGGUACAGAGGAUGAAAGAGGAGAGCGGAUAGAGGAGGGGGGUCCAGAGCAAGGAAACGAGGCUGGUGGAGGCUACAGGGAGCUUGCAAGUCCCGACACCAUGCCCACAGGAGCCACCAGGCUGCCAAAUGGAAAGCUUAAGUGUGAUAUCUGUGGAAUGAUCUGCAUCGGGCCCAAUGUCCUCAUGGUGCACAAACGCAGCCACACAGGUGAGCGGCCAUUCCAGUGUAAUCAGUGCGGCGCCUCCUUCACUCAGAAGGGUAACCUGCUUCGUCACAUAAAGCUGCACUCAGGGGAGAAGCCCUUUAAAUGCCCCUUCUGCAGCUAUGCCUGUCGUAGACGAGACGCUCUUACUGGCCACCUUCGCACUCAUUCGGUAUCAUCUCCGACUGGAGGGAAGCCCUAUAAGUGUAGUUUCUGUGGUCGCAGUUACAAGCAGCAAAGUACCCUGGAGGAGCACCGAGAGCGAUGCCACAGUUACCUACAAAGCCUGGAGACACAGCAGCAAAGCAGUGCUCCAAAUUCCAGUAUAGGAGAGGACAUGAGAGAGCUUGAGUUUAUACCCGACUCUCUUCUGCAACCUUCUUCUGACAAGAUGGCUUUCAUUGAUCGGCUGACCAACAGCAUCACCAAGCGCAAGAGAUCUACACCACAGAAAUUUGUAGGGCAGAAACACAUCCACCUCAGCGUGGCAGACACACCAUACGAGCUCAGUGCUGGCUUUGAUAAGGAUGGGGAGAUGCAUCCUGCAGACCUUGAACAGCCACGGUUCACCGGUCUUGGAGGAGAGUACAUACCUGCACCAGGUAGUAGAGGAGGAGGGGCAUCAGACACACUGCAGCCCAUGCGGCUCCCCACCGCUCAUCCUUCAUGUUUAUCAGAGCUCAAGCCAGGCAUCAGUUCUGCUCAUACCCCUCUAGCUCCUCUAGGACCAAGGAUGGACUGUACAGGGGCUGGAGCAGGGUUGGGGGCUGCUGGUGUAGGGGCAAGAGAGGCAGCAGAGGGUCAUGAGGAUCUACCCCUGAGCCAAAGUCACGCUCCCUCCCCUAGCAAUGGAUGCCAGGACUCUACGGACACGGAGAGCAUGCCAGAUGAACCGUACAAUAGCACCGCUCCUACUCUGGCCCUUCACAACAACCAUCAUCAUCAUCAUCAUCAUCAUCUCCUUCAUUCAAACCACAACCCACCUCCUCCUCCUCUGCUGCACCACCACCACCACCACCGGGGAAGGGAAAGACAUAGCCCCAGUCAUGCCAAAGACAGGGAUGGGGAAAGGGAGGAGGUAGGCCACUCAGCUCCGCCGCCUCCGGGCCUUGCUCCAACUCCCGGAUCACCUACAGCGCCCUCCUCCACCUCCAGGGAAGCUUUUCGGGUUGUAGAUGGAGAGGGGCGAGCCGUGCGUUCUUUCCGAUGUGAGCAUUGCCGUGUGCUUUUCCUGGACCACGUCAUGUUCACAAUCCACAUGGGUUGCCACGGUUUCCGCCAGCCCUUCGAGUGUAAUAUCUGUGGCCACCGCAGCCAGGAUCGCUACGAGUUUUCCUCACACAUUGUCCGCGGAGAGCACAUCUUUGACUAAGGACUACCCUACCUGCUUUAUCCAGAACUACUUUUAACACUGACACCAUGACCUGGCUGGGUUUGGUCUGCACAGCGCCCUCAGAAGGGCAGGGAUAGAGCGGUUGUAAGAGGAUGUUUCCAACAGGCAGCAACACAGUCGGUAUAUAACGAUGAUUUCAUAUAUGCACGAUAGAAACCCUGAUUUCAUUCUUCUAAAACUCUAAAAGUAUUAAUCGCUCUUAAUGCACUUUGACCGAAGAAUCAGUUUUAAAAUGCACUUUUGAAUUAUUUUAGGGUAGAUGAAGAGUCAAUGCACUUUUUAUCUGCAGAAGUGCCUUGCUCUGACCUUGUGUACUUUAGCCAGGAUUACAACCUGGUGCACAAAAUACACUUUACAAAUGUGAAUUACUGUACAUCUGUGACCUGAAAAGUUUCCCCUUCCUGCACUUUAACCGAGAUAAUGCACAAAAAAAAAGAGAAAGCUGUCCCUGUGCACUUUGACUUGCCCACAAACUACAACGAAUUGAAGUGUCGGGGGUCCUUUGAACCAGCCCCCGCCUGACAAGCUAGAGGUUAGCUUUUAGCAUUUAGUCAUCAGAGCUGUUUCCUUAUGCUAGAUGUUGUGCAGACCAAACUUAGAAAACCUGGUCUACGUCAAAUAGAUGUAUUUGAGGGGUUGUCCUCAAAUUAGGAUGCACUUUUUGUUUUUGUGCGUGUGUGUGUGUGUGUGUGCGUGAUAGAGAAGUCCCAUGUUCUCUUGCAAGUCCUAAGGUAAGUUAAGUGACAAAUGAAGGCUUUUAUCUGCUGAAUGUAGGGUGGGAUGGCUUAUUAUUAUUAUUAUUAAAUAUGUUGUUUUUUUUUCUAUGAUGGCUUUUGUUGCACUGAUACCUGCCAGAGUACAAUGAUUAUAUUAAACUAUUUUCUAGACGAGCGCAUUUACGAGCUGCACAUUUCUCUGAAGCCACGAGAAGGGGGCGAUAGUGGGUUUUCCUCACUAUGAAAGGAAGAGUAUCACUGCCACUGUUUUUUUUUGGAGAUGACUUGCUGAAGAGGAGAGAGUUUCAAGACAUUUCUGAAAAGUCCUUAAAGAUCUUCUCUUCAUGAAACGACAAACCAAAACUAUUAUAUUUAUCUUCUAUUUAAGAGCUUUUAGUGUAAAUAUUGUGCCUUUCAUCACCCUGACCUUGUUGUCUAAUUUGAAAGACGUGGAUUGCGAACUGAUCCCUCUGCGCAGCGUGUCUACCGGUGAUGUAACCGCGGUGCAGAUGAUGCUUUACAGAUAACCUCGGAAAGAUCUGACCUUGUAUCCCAGUUAACUCUUUCCUGUUCCCGCAUGAGAGCUGAUUUAAAUCGGUUUCCGAGAAGCCCGUCUGUGCAAAUCUCGACACUAUAGAUGCAUGGGAUUUGAUGCCUGCUGCUAUGGUAUGAAUGAGUGUAGUGUGAUAGUUGGCCGCGAUCUCUCUUAAUUAAAUUAAA